AUGGAGGUGGAUUAUACCAGUAACUGCGAUACAAAAAUUCCAGAAUGUAAAAAACUAGCACGUGAAGGAAAGCUACAUGAUGCUUUGGAUCAAUUAUUAGUAUUGGAAAAAUUAACACGAACAAGUGCAGACUUGAGAUCCACAUCAAGAACCGUCGUGGCUAUUGUUCAAAUUUGUUUCGAAGCAAAGAACUGGGCACUUCUAAAUGAACAUAUAGUACUGUUAUCCAAAAGACGUUCUCAGUUAAAACGAGCUGUUACAAGAAUGGUACAAGAAUGUUGCACCUAUAUAAAUAAAAUGCCUGAUAAAGAGACUAAAAUUAAAUUAAUAGAAACAUUGCGUGCUAUAACUGAAGGAAAGAUACAUGUAGAAGUUGAAAGAGCAAGGCUCACUUAUCGCUUGGCAAAGAUCAAAGAAAAAGAUGGAGACAUCUCAGGUGCAGCAGCUAUUAUGCUGGAAUUACAAGUUGAAACAUAUGGUAGUAUGACACGUUUGGAAAAAGCAUCUUUUAUCCUAGAGCAAAUGCGAUUAUGUUUAGCAAAAAAAGAUUUUAUGCGUACUCAAAUAAUAGCAAAAAAAAUUAAUGUUAAACUCUUUAGUGAUGAAGAUGAUGAAGAAAUGCAGGCUCUUAAAUUGAAAUAUUAUGAUCUAAUGAUGAAAUUGGCCCAACACGAAGGUUGGCAUUUAGAAUUAUGUAGACAUAAUAGAGCAGUGUUGGAAACUCCAACUAUCAGAGAUGAUCCUGAAAAAAGACAUGCCGCUCUUUCAUGUGCUGUUCUUUAUCUUAUACUUGCACCACAUGAACCAGAACAAGCUGAUUUGACCCACAGGCUGCUUACUGAUAAACUUCUAGACGAAAUACCAACAUACAAAGAAUUACUGCGUCUUUUCGUAAAUCCAGAGCUAAUAAAAUGGUCUGGAUUAUGUGAAAUUUAUGAAAGAGACCUUGAAACGACAGAAGUUUUUAGUAUAUGGACUGAAGAAGGUCGUAAGCGAUGGGGUGAUCUCCGAAAUCGCGUUGUCGAACAUAAUAUUAGGAUUAUGGCAAAAUAUUAUACAAAAAUUACACUAACUCGCAUGGCAGAAUUAUUGGAUUUACCGAUUGAAGAAACGGAAGCAUGUCUAUGCAGUUUAGUGGAGACUGGCGUGAUAAGUGCUCGCACAGAUCGCCCAGCUGGGGUAGUUCGUUUCACAGGAACUCAAGAACCAGCUGCUCUUUUAGAUGCCUGGGCUGCAUCUUUAUCAAAAUUAAUGAGUCUUGUCAAUCACACAACUCAUCUUAUUCACCAAGAAGAAAUGUUGGCUGUAGCUCAAUCCUGA